AUGCUCAUGGAGCUGACGGACAAUGAUGUCGCUGGUGCUGUGAGCCUCAUCUCCUUCAUCGUCCGCUGUGACCAGGCGCCCUUCGAGAUGCAGUCGGCAGCAGGGCAAUGUCUGGUUCAGCUGACCACGGCAGACUCCGUGUUCCUGUCGAAGACCGAUGCAGGCGGUGAGGACUGGCAGAACGAGCAAAUUACCAAGCUCACCAACAUGCUUAAUCGUCAUGUCAACGGUCUGAUUCAGGGCAUUAUCCAGUUCGACAUCGUAGAAGCUUUCGGCCGAUGUAUUUGCCAGCACCAGAUGAGUCAUGCACGGACGGAUAUCAUAGUCAAAUACUUCCUCACAACAGUCGUGACCUGUUGCUCACACUUGUUUUGCGGGCCGUGUUUUUCCCAAUGGGUAGAAUACCAGCGCGACGGCGCAGAGAAGCCCUUGCCCUCAGUGCCAUGCCCAGCUUGCAUGAGGCCUUUGAAGCGCGAGGACGUGAAGGCCUUGGAGCCCGAAGGCUCCGGAAGCAUCCUUUGGCGCCUCUACAGUACCCAGAAAGUGCGAUGUGCCAACCACCUGGAGCAUGGUGGAGCGUGCGUGUGGGUCGGUCCUCUCCUGGAGUACAAGGAGCACAUGCAUAAGUGCGUGGAUGGAGCAGCUGCCUUUAUCAAGGCUCGCUUAGAGCCGAUGCCAGUGACGCUAUUUUGCUCCUCCAUCGCGACAGAGCCGUCGAACGACAUAUCCAAGUCUUGUUCCAAAUCGAACCCCCCGAAUCCGCAGGCAAUGCGAAACAUGACUGUGGAUCUGGCAGGGAGGAAGGUUGUGGAAGCGCGAAUCGGAGCUGUGCCAGACGAUCUCCAGCCAGUGCCUGCAAAACAAGCGGACAAAGCUCCUAAACACGCGAAGGAAGCGCAGACGAAGUGGCAACAAGAUGCACAGACUGAAGCUGCAAAGCUGGCGCCACCAGGGGUCACAAAAGUCGUGCUCUGCCGACACUUCGAGAGGCUUGGCACCUGCAGAUUGGGUGCCAAGUGUACCUUUGCUCAUGGCAAGGAGGAGUUGCAGACCCAACCGACUUGCAAGGGACUGCGCAAGACCAUGCUUUGUCGGCAUUUCCAGCAGGGCCACUGUUGGCGUGGUGAGAGCUGCAUGUUCGCGCACGGGGAGGAGGAGCUGAGGGACAAGAAGGUCUACCUGCCACCGGAGGCGUCAGAGAAACGCAUCAUGGGCAUCACCGACUUGACACACCCCCUGUCACAGGUCCUCCUGCGCAAGUCGUGCCAGUCGAGCUUGGCCAACAGUGUGACAAGCUCGUGGGCCACGGAGUCCUUGCCCUUCCUCCGGCCCCAGGCUAUCCACAACUGCCUUCUCUACUGCUCCGCCAACCAGAAGAAGCUCAGGCAGCACCUUGCGACGCAGAGCACCAUCGUUCAGGACAUCAUGAUCCCCUACGUAUACAACAUUCUGCCAGCGCUGUUUGACAAUCCUGCAUGUGGCCCUGCGCUCAUCGAGUGGCAGAACCUGAAGGCAACAUUGCAGACGUUUGUUGUCGUCACCUUCAACAUCAAUGUCUUUCGACCCCACUUGCGGGACUCGGACAUGAUCCCAAAGAUUUGCGAGGUGCCUCGCAUCCUGACUCACAUCUCCAUGCUGGAGCUUCUGGUCAAAACGGCAAUCAAUGUGGACUAUCCAAAGGGUCCGUCUUGCCCCCAGCUGUGCCACACUGGUCUGGCAGCCUUCGAUCAACUACCGGCGGAGAGUCAGGCUCGACUGCAAAGACGGAUGACUUGCGAGCAGAGCACGCGCUUGCCCUUCUCGAGAUCGUCUGUCAAGGCUGUCGAGCUGCUCUCGUUUGCUUUCGGUGCCCCAGAGGCCUCACCAGAAGCAGCUGCUGCCAAUCAUUCCACCAAGCAGCGCAAAUGGCGGAAUGCCAAGAACAAGGCGAGAAGGAGGAAGAAGCUCUUCUCCAUGCAGGCAUCGAGCAAGAACGGGGAAGAGCCCGAAGCCGACGACGAGCAGGGCGAGGAGUCCGAAGACGACAUGCCUCCGCUGAUUCCUGGCGAUGGAUGGGAAGCGAGCCUUGGCACAGCUGAUGAGGCCGGCGUUCCGCAGAAAGCCGUCUGCCAGCUAAGUGGUGCCCUCAUGCACGACCCUGUUAGCACUCCAGAUGGGUACCUCUUUGAGAGGGCUGCCUUGGAGGACUGGACGAGCCAGCAUGGCUCGAAUCCCCUCACUGGAGCGCCUUUGGCCAUGGACGAGGUGGUGGAUCGUGAAGAUAUAGCUAACUUUAUCCAGGGAUACCAGCUGCAGAUGCUGUCCGUCACCCAAGUGGCUCCCGAAGCCAUCGACGGAGCAGGGCCAGAGGUCCGGGCCGCUGAUCCCGAUGUGCCGGCACCACCUCCCACAAAGCCCGUCGAGACGGGACCUUCCUUGCUGGGAGACUUGCCUACACUUUCCAAGACUGAUACGACGGAGAGCAAGAGAAAGGACAAGGCCAAGAUCCGGAUAGAAUCCAGAUCUGUUGUUGACUGUCCAGAGGACAUGCGAUGUGCGAUAGAUGGGAAAGUCAUGGUGAAUCCGGUGCUUUCUCGUUAUGGACAUCAUUUCGAGAGGAAGACGCUGGAGAAGUGGUUUGGAAACUGCGGAUCUGUGUGUCCGAUCACCCAAAAGCCACUGCGCUUGGAGGAGUGUCAACCAGAUCAGGAGUGCCGAGGUUCAAUGGUGACCCCUGUCCAAGUUCAUGACCAGUUUUCAGACUUCGGCAGGAUGAUUGAUUUCUCACCUGCUGUUCAAACUGCCUGCGGAGGCAGCAGUAGAAAUUCAGAACGCAACUUCGGACCUCUCUUCGACAAAUCAGGCUUCUGGGCGGUUGCUUUUCGUCAGCGGCCCGUUGAAAGCCAGUUGAGGUCUGAUGCCGGCUCUCUCCGCCGACGCUUGACUAGCGUGGAUUUGACAAUGAUAGGAAUUGGUUCCAGCAUUGGUUCAGGCAUCUUCGUGAUUACCGGCAUUGCUGCAAAACCCACAGGGCCUGCAGUGUGCUUUUCGUUCCUCAUCGCUGCAGUCAGUUGCAUCUUCAGUGCCUUGUGUUACGCAGAGCUGGCUGCACGCAUACCUGUGUCAGGCUCUGUCUACCUCUAUGCAUACGUUGCGUUUGGUGAAUUCUUGGCCGUGCUCUUUGGCUUGAAUGUGUUGGUCGACUACCAUGUUGGUGCGGCAAUUGGCGUGUCUUCUUGUGCUUCCUACCUUCGCAAGACGCUUCUGCUGAUGUUCCCGGCCAUGUGGCUUCCAGAGACCCAGGUGCUUUCACUUGUUCUGGUGGUGGUCCUGACAGGCAUCUUAUCUGUUGGCGUGGAAAGCGGGUUGAAGCGGGUGAAUGGCUUGCUGGUUUUUAGUAAGAUGGUCAUUGUGUUGCUGAUCAUCGGCAUUGGCUCGACCAAGGUACGAGCAGACAAUCUGAGCCCGUUCUUCCCGUGUGGGUUCGGGCCGGUGGCCAGUAUGUCUGCGACAUGUUCAUUCUCCUUCAUAGGAUUUGGAACUGUAACAAAUGCUGCCGAAGAGUGCCAAAAUCCUCAGCGAGAUCUUCCGAUUGGCAUAACAGCUUCCCUGCUUAUCUGUGCGCUCCUGUACAUCUUCUUCUCGCUAGUGCUGGUGGGCAUCAUUCCUUACACAGAAAUAGAUGAGGCGGCGCCGGUGGAAGCCGCCUUCAGCCCACAGUAUGCCAACAUCCCUUGGGUGUCCAUGCUUGUCAACUGGGGCGCAGUCAUCGGCUUGUUCACAACACUGGUGACGGGAAUGUAUUCACAGGCUCGCAUGUAUCUUGCUAUGGCACGAGAUGGCCUUUUCUUCUCGCUUUUCGGUCGAGUGUCGACUCUUGGGACCCCUAUCAACUCUCAAGUCCUCUGUGGAGUCAUAGCAGCGCUGCUGGCAGUGUUCCUCCCCGUGCAACGACUGGUCCUCUUUCUAAACAUCGGCGUGUUGUUCUCAUACACAAUCGUUUGUGCUGGGGUACUCGUGCUUCGCGCGGAUGCCCCAGAGAAAGCCGCCCAGUGGGCCGCUAUGAUGACCUGCGCUGCUAUUGUGGCAUCUGCGAGCUCCACCUUCAUUUCGCAGAGUUGGUGGGCUCUCAUCAGCACCUGCGUCUUCGCAGUUGCAGUCGCUUUGUGUUGGAUUCCGUUUUUCCAACGAAGCUAUUCCAGACCAGAAACAUUUGCUUGUCCUGGCUGCCCUUGGGUGCCUCUGCUUGGACUGACAAUCAACGGCUACAUGCUUUCCCAGUGCCACUGGCAGGCGUGGCUUCGGCUACUUGCCACGACUUUCCUGAUCCUGGCAGCCUACCUGUUCCGAGUCCGAGCUUUGUAUUCAGGAGGCAGCGACAGCCGCGAGUUGACUGUAUCGCUGCCCACGGUUAAUGAUGACGGUGAUUGCAUCACUAGUGCUCGAUGA